UUUCUAUAUGGUGGAAGUGAGAGAGAGGGCUGGAGCUGCUGUUGAGUUUAUAAGGCUCGAUUACCUGCUGUUUAGGUUGGGUAAAACUGUUUCCUAAUGGUUUAUAAGACCUUGUGAUCGUUUGUUACAUGCAUUGAGUUCUGAAACAAAGAGCCCCUUUUCUGUUUUAUUUAAGAACUCGGAUAGUGGGGCUGUCAGCUGUAGUGCACACAGAGAUGUUUAACUGAGGAAACAAACGUGCUUUAAGUAAUGCUAAAAGACGUUACUCCUUUCAAAGUUAGACGAGUCUGCUGUUUGUUUUCUUUCUUUACCACACUAGAAGAAGUGCUGAUUUUAUAGGAAUGUUAAUUCUCCUCUAAAAAAAUAAAAGCAGAGGAUUCCACAACUCGAGUUUCAAUCUAAAACCAGUGAAGAUGGACGUCAGCGUCUCCGUGUCGUUCUUUCAAGACGAGCUCGCCUCUACCAUCGAGCACGCAGUGAAAGCGGCUGUAGACACCGUCUUGUGCCAAAUCACAAAAGUUGUCGGCGGCAAAUUCACUGAAUUCCGAAUGGAAAUGGCUGGAAAGGAGAAAGAGAAUGAAAGUCUGAAGCUGAGAUUGGAAAUAUCAGAGAGCGAGUUGAAAGCAGUGCGGGAAUGCAUGAACGCUGCAGAUGCAGACAUUAAACAACCUCUCAGAAACAUGAACCCCGACUGCAAUGAACAAGACUUUCAGAGGAACGAGAACCAGGGAUUAUUUCAAGCGGCCUCUAGUGGAUACUACAUCCGAUGCUUACCGCCCUGAACUGAAAGAUCCCAUAGAGAGCCAUGCUGUACCUAAAUCUGAAGCACAGGAGGGGCCAAUGAUAGACGCAGCUUACACACAAGAGGAGUCCUUUGACCAGGAGUGGUGUGCAAGUCUAAAGCAGGUUACAGAGCUGACAUGUGUUAAAGAUGAAGAGGUCCCUCGACUAGAAUGUGUUCCUAUUAAAGAGGAAUUCAUAGAACAGGAAUGUGUCCCCAUCGCAGAGGAAGUUCCUACUGAAAAUAAUGUCUAUACACUUGAGGAGAACAACAAGCUGGGAUCCAGCCUGUGUGAUGAUUGUCCACCUGAAUGUGAACUGGGAUUUGGAGCUGCUAAAGAGAAUCACACAGGAGGGACUCAAUUUCCCUGUGCUGAUUGUGGGAAGAGUUUCAGUUGUUUAUCAAAACUUACAAUCCACCAGCGCAUUCACACAGGAGAGAAACCUCAUCACUGCCCUGAGUGUGGGAAGAGAUUCACACAGUUACAAAAUCUUAAAAUCCACCAGCGUGUUCACACAGGAGAGAAACCUCAUCAGUGCAUUGAGUGUGGGAAAAGUUUCACACGAUUUGAAAAUCUUCAAUCACACCAGCGUAUUCACACAGGAGAGAAACCUUAUCACUGCACUGACUGCGGGAAGAGAUUCACAUAUUUAAGUUCCUUCAAAAUCCACCAGAGGACUCACAAAAACAAAUCUUAUCAAUGUAGUGAAUGUUUGAAGAGCUUCAGUCACUUGUCAAACCUUAAAAGACACCAUAAAAUUCACACAAGAGUUCAGCCGGUUUCUGACUGUUGAAGGACACAAAAGAAUUCAUAGAAUUUGAGGACGCCUAACAUCAGGACUAAAUUUGACUAAAAUGUAGAAAUAUUUACUGAAAAUAAAAUAAAAGAAUAACCUUGCUUGAUAAAUAGUUUUACUCUUAAUCACUUCAGCUCACAAACUUACACUCCCAGAUGGAAGAUAUGAACUACUACAUCUUGUUGACCAUUUGCAUAUUGUUACAUUACAUUAGUAAUCUAUGAAAUAGAUUGUAAUUGUGUCUGCGAGAUUCCACUUUUCUAUUAGUUUGAACAUUAGGAUUAUUAUCUGUAACUCCUCACUAGUGACCAAGUCUCCAGCUCUUUCAAGUCAACGCUAAGCUUUGGCCAAUUCUGAACUUCACAUCUCAAACAUAGUUUUGUUGUUGACAGGCUCUGACACCCCCAUAUUCUGCUUUACGAAAAUCAUUUGAAAGAAUUACUCCAAAAACUGAAAUAUUCCCUUCAUGUGUUUUCCUUGUAUGAAAUGAAUCCAAAAUAAAUGGAAAAAACGUCUCCAAUAACCUUGCACACAAUAUACUCUUCUUUUUAAAUACAGGAAAGGCUGUGUUGCACUGCAGUUGUUCUGAGGAUGUGUUGCCUGUUCCCUUCAUGCAUUUGCAGUAACAUGCUGGCAGAGAAACUGUAAAUAACCAGAUUAACACUAGAACUGCUGCGGUUAUACCUAAAACCACCACCGGCAGUCAUUAUGACGGUUACAUUUUAAACAGUAAUAUUAAAAUGAAAGACAAACUAUCAGAUACGACUCAAACGUUUUAUUCAAGCACAUCAUAUCAAACAUCUGCACAGCCGAAACACCGUUAUUUAAAUGAACAAUUAAACAUAAAAGGGUUUAUUUUCUUACCACAUAUAAAGCACUACUUCAAAAAAUGAAAAAGUAUAAUAAACAUUUUAUUUCAAAGAAACUAGUGUGUAAACAGGUAUAUUUAUGUACAAAACUGUAAAAAUGAAAGGAGUUUUUAAUUUAAAAUGAAAGUAACGUGUUUUCUUUUGCGUGUGUCGCUGGGUGCAGCACUGAAUCCAGGUUGAGCUGCAGCAGCCUGCUGCUUUGCAGUUUUCUGAUCGAAAUGUUUCUGCCGAAGCGCUGUGGUUAGCUUCAAGAUGAAAUCUCUCAUACUGAUAUUUUCUCCGGUGCAUUCCUUGUACAAAACGAAGGAAUUGAUGGCUGCCAUGUCCAGUAGAGAUAACAACAGACUUGUAUAUAAAAAAAUAACACAUUACAGGUUAUAUUCAAAAUAAAAACAUGUAUUGUAAAAGGCAGUCAAAAUGACUGCUUUGGUGGUUCUAGGUGGGCGGGAUUAUAACUUCCUUAUUUUCGUGAUCCUGCCUUUCAAACGCUGUCAGGGUAUUUAAUGCAUGUAUUUAGUUAAAGUCAUAAACAGACAACUGCAUAACUUUCAGACACGCAGAGUAAUUUAAAUUUGAAAACCGCAAACCAUCAAAAUGACUGCCGUAGCGUUCUAGUGUUAAUAAAUAUAACAAGGAGCUGAAUUAUGUGUGGUGGUGGUGUUGAAAUGUAUUUUUAGAUGACAAUAAAUGUUGAUUGCAUUUCCUCAAAGGAAAGAUUAUACUGUUCGGAGGCACAGUGGUUGAUAAGGGCACUGUGGAAGCCUGCCACAGAUGAAGUCUGGUCAUGGGGAGAGAGCUUCUGAAGAUAGGUUAGGAUGGAGGGGGAUUUGAUUCAUUGCCUUGCUGUCUGAACUGAUAUAAGUUACAAAUAGAAACAAUCCCAAUGGUGUAUAUACAGUUAUGGGUAAUGGGGAUUCUCCAGGUGUAAAUGUUUGCCAGUCCAUGUUGAAACCUGGCAGGUUCCAUAUGCGUGAUUCUGUUUGUCUUGUUGCUCUACAAUAAUACAUGAAUGAUAAGUUAGGCUACAGCGGUUUAUUUGUUCUUUUUAAACUCCUUUCCAUUUCACAUCUGCUGCAUUCUACUGUACCACACUUGAUUUAGUCUGUUUGCUCAUGUGUGUUUUGUAUUGAUGUUGUUCUCUGUGUUUGUGGAAUGCUAGAUGGGUGUGAAAGGUUGACUGAACGGGUUUACAUGGUUUUAAAAUAAAAUGCUAAUAUUUAAAAGACAUUUAUAGGUUUUUUUUAUUUAUUUAUUAAAGCACUAGACAUGUUAGAAGUUUCCAUGCAAUUUAUUAUUGUGAUCACAACUUGUACUGCUUUUUCCAAAAAUGUAAGCAUUACAGAAAGACAAUGAUUCUUGUUGGUAAAUCUCCCUCUCGACCUUGAGGGUGCUAAUUAACGGGAACAGAGUACUCUGGACUACGUGGCCUGACACUUCGUUCCGAGGGGUAAAAGGAAGUCGGUCACGUAGAAAAGAGGCGGAGCUUCGGUACAUUAACUCAUUGACCGGAGGGGAAAUGAUGUGGCAGCUGCAAUCGUUUACCAAGGGGUCAUGAGUGACGGGAUAAAUUGGUUAUUAAUAAGUGACCCGGAAGGACCUGUGUUUGGUGAAAUAAUCGCAAGUGUUUGUAUUUACUAGACAGCUAACACGUUCCAGAGCUGUCUCCAGAGGCCAGCACAGAGAACAGCACUGCACUCGUAUCACUAUAACUGUAUUUGCACCACUAGCACUAACAGACUUGUGUAUGUGUUUUGUGUGGGUGUAAAAACAGGACUAUUAUUUGCUGGGCAAACCCGGGGAUUAUAAAUUAAGUAAUACACGCUGCUGUAUUACUUACCUUCAUUAUUGUUUACUGUUUGUUUUGCCGUCAGGCACUGGACAAAAACAAACAAAACAAACCU